AUGCCAAAUAACGGGGAGGAGACUAAUAAAGGAUUAGCUCAACCUUGGCCCUCCCUUUCACCAUUGAAGUUCUCUAAUGGGCAUUUCCGGAAAUUCAAAUGGGCAGAUACACAUGCAUCGAAAGAACAAUCAGUGCCAAGGUCAGUGAUUCCUAUCGAAGGUGAUGUUGAUGAUCCUAAAUGCGCUGGAGUGGGAUACCCAUUUGGAAAUCUUUCUCCCUUGACUGAUGGCACACUGGCUCAGGAAGCCAGAUCAGAAUGCGCAAUGGAGCUUUACAGCUCCAGUUGA